AUGCCUGGCGACAGCAGCGUGAAACUGAGGCAUGUUUUGGCGCCUUCGAUGUCCGGAGGGAGGCUAUCCGAUGGAUCACUGCUCGCCAGCUGGUCGGCGGUCCGGAUCGACCGGAGCAGAAUUCUCGCGGCAGGACAGAGUAGGGGGGUUCGGCCUCAGUCAUACAUUUUGGCUCGUACGCACUCGCCAGCGAGGGAACUCGCCCAUACUGACCCUCCAAUUCUCUUCGUAGAGUACGUAUCAGCGAUGGUAACUCAGGGACAUGUCGCUUCGCCUGCCCUGCCACAGGGCUUCAAUAGUGCCCGCCAGUGUAUUUCCGGGGUGUGCAUGCUCGCAGUUGUCCUCCUGUUGGCGGUCGCCCCAGUUCAGGCAUUCAGAACCCUGAACACAGUCGUCCCCGUCAACAACAAGGCCCAGUGGGACUUCGUGCUGGCUGACUCCAUGGCCAAAAACCAGACGGUCAUCGCGGAGUUUGGGGCCGUGUGGUGCGGCCCCUGCACAGCCCUCCGCUCCUGGGUCCAACAGAUGUCCGACAAGUACAACGACCUGAACUUCGUGACAGUGGACGUGGACAACGCCAAGGAGGUGGCCAAGCAGUACGACAUCAUCGCGAUGCCCACAUUCAUCGUCCUGCAGGACACCAGCGAGAAGGAACGUGCUCUCGGGGCCAUCAAGUCGAGGCUCGAGGCCAUGUUUCACAAGUACAGCAAGUACUGA